AACCAUGGGAAAGAGCAAGAGAGAAGCGGGACUAGAAAAGACCAGAGACUGCACUUAGUGGCUGUAGGGUCCAGGCUCAAUAAACCUGGUAAUCCUGUGUGAGCCUCCUUCAUUUCCAUGCAACACUAAAUUGGUGUCAGGGUGGGAUUAUGGACCGUACACUGCUGGAAAUGAAUGGAGAAGAGAACACAGUAAACAUAUCCUGAGGCCUAGAAUGAUUACAGUUGAAGUCAGAAUUCCAACAUAAUCACCAAAUAAGAAUUAAAAUAAUAUGAAUCAGGAUUAUUUAAUUGUAAAUAAUACCAUUUGUUAUGUUAUGACACGGCAGCUGGUGUCCCAGAAAAGCUGGGAGUCCUGCGAUCAGGUCUAUUGAAAUGUAAUAUGGAGUGAUGUGGAGUGAUGGUGGUUAUUGGCAUCUGUGCUCAGAGCAAAAUUAGAACUCUAUAAAUAGCACACGGUCUCACUGCUAACACAUACUAUCGUGGCUUAAAUACAGCACCACUUCAGCUGAACAAACUCUAAUAAUCGACCCCUAUAUCCUUAUGAAGAAUGGCAGGUUUUCCACAGUUUGAUCAAGACUUUUACCAGUCAGGUUUUAACAUUGGUGAACGAGGACAUGAACCCGAUAACUGCCAGACCCCAAGCCAUCCCUAUGAAAACAUUGAUACCAGUACAGCAAAUCCAGGAGUUUAUGCAUCACCGGGCCAGGCCUACACAGAGCAGGCUUAUACUGGACAGAUCUUCCAGCCCACACACACCUCCAGCUCAUCUUACACAGGAACGGACAGUUCUGAUGCAGAACCACCGCUACUGGAAGAGUUGGGUAUCAACUUUGAUCAUAUCUGUCAAAAAACAUUAACAGUGUUAAACCCAUUCAAACCAGUAGAUGGCAGCAUCAUGAAUGAAACAGAUCUUACAGGACCGGUCGUGUUUUGUUUGGCACUUGGAGCUACUCUGCUGCUGGCUGGUAAAGUUCACUUCAGCUAUGUGUAUGGGAUCAGCGUUAUUGGGUGCUUUGCAAUGCACGCAUUGUUAAACCUGAUGAGCAUGUCAGAAGUCUCUUGUGGCUGUGUGGCCAGCGUCCUCGGUUACUGCCUUCUUCCAAUGGUCACUCUGUCCAGCUGUGCUGUGUUCUUCUCACUGAAAGGUAUCAUUGGGACUAUUCUGGCACUCAUAAUAAUUGGAUGGUGCAGCCUGUCAGCUUCAAAAAUCUUCAUCUCCACAUUAGCUAUGGAUGGACAGCAGCUUCUCAUUGCCUAUCCCUGUGCUUUACUUUAUGGUGUCUUUGCUCUUUUGACAGUUUUCUGAAAUGAACUUUUACUUCAAAUAUUGUAUUUACUGGAACUUAACUUUUACAAUAAAUAAGUGAAAUGGAAGUUGAAUGGUAUGGCAAUCUUAAAAAUAGUUUUUACUCAGUUAUGCCUUAUACAGACCUGUACUGUGUUCAGAUUACCUGAACUUUGUAUGAUGUUUGCACUCAGAAUCAGCGUGUAUCUUAUUACAAUUGCUCAAAUAUGUUUGACUUUUCUUUCUGUUUUUUUUUUUUUUACUCUGUUAAGGUGCUUUCACAUGAAUCCAUUAUCUGCUCUUCUGUUUUAGUUGCCUGUCAUAGACAUUUGCAACACAGGCUAGAUCAGUAUACAAGUAAGAGCCAGUGUCAUUUAGUGAAGAGGUACAGUAUUAAGGAUAUUUUAUUGGGGUUGUCUGUGGUAAUCAUGUUGCUAAACCGAAUUUAACAACAGGUGGAGCGUAAUUUUGCAGAAAGAUGGAUGACCAUCUGCAAAAACACUCCUUCCCAUGAAUGGGGUUUCUUGAAGGUUAACAAAGAUUAGAAUGUUCCUCUUCCAGAAUGAUUAUCUGUUGAUAUUGGCACAUGAGCAGCAGCUGAGAUUCUUUAUUCAUUAAGGAGCUUACAUUUGCAUCAGAAUAAAAUUAAAGCAAUAAAAAGAAAUCACUGUAAAAUUAAAUAUUUUUUUAGUGUACUAUGGGUCAUUGAGCAGAAAAUAUUUCAUGAAAUAUGAAAUAGAUUUGCUGGGCUUUGGUACACAGUAGGUAUGGGGGAGUAGUAGGAUAAAGAGACAGGUGAUGGUAAUAUUAAUUGAGGUUCUUAAAUAUAAACUAGAAUAAGUUGUUUAGUUUUUCAGUUAUUAUGUUCUGGUUUACUACACUAGGCCGAAAACUGACAAUGAAAAGUCAAUUCACGGCCUUAAUACACCAGUAUGGCAGUAAAAAUAUCAGCUUCCAGUGUGAGAGGAAAAUAAUCUUCCAGUUUUGUAAACGUGAGGGAGGACAGCUUUUCUUGUUUUAUUACAAAUAAAAUAAAAUAAAAUGUUUAA